AUGUCUGCCCGACCCCUUUCGCAGUGCCUCCGCGCCCGCGCCCUUUUCCGCCAGCCCCAGAACGUGCAGGGCUUUUCGACCCGAAGCAACCUCCGCGCCGCUGAUCACGGUGAUCACUAUGAUCCUCCUACUGGAUAUCUUUUCGGUAUCAAGCCCGGCCAGAAAUACGUGAAGGAGGGCUGGGAGAACCUGUGGUACUACGGAUUUAUCGGUAGUCUGCUCGUUGCUGGAGUCGCAUACGUUUUCAAGCCAGACACCUCGAUACAAACAUGGGCUCUGGAGGAAGCCCGGCGGAGACUGGAGGCUGAGGGUAUCCUGGAGGAUCCUGACAAGCAGCGCAAGUAA